AUGGAGCACGACGCGGACCGCGCUUGCCUGCAGAGCUUCGAGCUCCACGAGAGCGAGUCGAGACUUUACGUUCUAGGAACUAAUUCUGACAGAACACUUUGGAGAUUACUCAAGAUCGAUAGAUCAGAGCCGUCAGAGCUUGUGAUAGAUGAGUGUUCUACUGUAUAUACUGAAAGUGAACAUCCUGACUUGUUGAAGGGUCUUGAUGAAGAGCACAGGUCAACUGGCGGAAUAAAAUUUGUUACAAAGUUCUAUGGCAUAAUUGGUUUUAUCAAAUUCCUUGGGCCAUAUUACAUGUUGAUUAUUACCGAGCAGAAAAGAAUUGGUGAAAUCUUUGGUCAUCCAGUGUACCAGGUGACUAGGACUUCAAUGGUUGAAUUAGCAAAUUCUAAGACAAGAUCUACUUUUCAAAACUCCAAGGAUGAGAACAGAUACAGGAAGAUCUUGAAUGCACUUGAUCUUAGGAAGGAUUUCUUUUUCAGUUACUCAUACCACAUUAUGAGAAGUCUUCAGAAGAACUUGACUGAUCCACAGGAUGGAUGGACCUUAUACGAGACAAUCUUUGAUAAAUUCUCAAUAUCUGGCAAGGAUAUUAUGCUCACACUCAUUGCUAGACGAUCGAGACAUUAUGCUGGAACCAGAUAUCUAAAGAGGGGGGUGAAUGAGAAGGGAAGAGUAGCAAAUGACGUUGAGACUGAGCAAAUUGUCUAUGAAGCUGUGCCUGGACCUACUGAAGUAAGUUCUGUUGUGCAGAACAGGGGUUCAAUUCCACUAUUCUGGUCACAGGAGACAUCAAAAUUGAAUCUUAAACCUAAUAUAAUAUUGCAUGAGAUGCAGAAUAAUUAUGAAGCUACCAAGCUUCAUUUUGAAAAUCUUAGAGCAAGAUAUGGAAACCCUAUCAUUAUCUUAAACUUGAUUAAGACACGUGAGAGGCGAGAGUCUAUACUUCGCCGAGAAUUUGAUAAGGCGAUCAAGAUAAUAAACAAGAGCCUGUCAGAAGAGAAUCAUCUGAGGUUCUUACAUUGGGAUCUUCAUCAAAACUCUCAAGGAAAACCUACAAAUGUACUCGAUGUCCUUCUGAAAGUGGCAUUUCGGGCUCUGAAUUUGACCGAGUUCUUCUAUUGUCAAGUUGCACCAAGUUCUGAGACUUCCACACAAUGGCCCACCCUAUUGAAUGGUCUUGAUCCAUAUUUAUGUGAUGACAACAAUAGUGACGACACUGAAUGCACUGAGAUUGUUGGUGAUGUAUCCCAAGAGGAUAUCUCUGGCAGCUCUGAUUCCUCUGGUAAUGCAACCGCAGAAGACAAAUUUGAGAAUAGUGGACUGCCACCGCCAAAACCACCAAAAUUCCAAAAAGGUGUCUUACGGACAAACUGUAUAGAUUGCCUGGAUCGUACAAAUGUUGCUCAGUAUGCAUAUGGUUUAGCUGCUCUUGGACAUCAACUGCAUGCGCUUGGUUCUGUAGAAUCUCCUGAACUAGGUUUAGAAGCUCCCUUGGCCCAUCAUUUGAUGCACUUUUAUGAGAGGAUGGGUGACACACUUGCUGUACAGUAUAGCGGUUCUGCUGCUCAUAACAAGGUUUUUGGGAUACUUCCAGCCACAGCAGGGAAAACCUGCACUAUGGGAAUUAGAAUCAUCUUCUGGGAGCAUAACAAUGAUCUUUUUGAUGACCAGCCAAGUACAUUGAAAAGAGUAAAAUCAGAUGGCACCAUUCUUCAUGAAAGCAAUGCUUCUAUAUCUGGCUCUGGUCAUUGCCAUAAUGAACCGUUGAGUGCAUCGCAGCCUGAUGUCCAGAAUGGAUUUCAAUUCCCAACUUCAGAAACUGAUUCACUUCAUGAACAUGAAAUUUCGUCAGCCUGUGGAAGUGGGGUAUCACACCUAAGGUAUACUCCCACAGCCUCUGAUGUGCUUCAUGUCCCAAGAGCUGAAGUUGAAUAUUACCAUGAUUCUGGUGAUUCAAACUUUCUGGAUCUUGAAUGGCUUUCCACUUCAGGCAACUCAAGUGAUGAAAGGUCUAUUGCAACUAGCACGCCAGAUGUGAACCUAUCAACUGAGAAUGUCAUUAGUGGCAUAGCUCCUGACAUCAUGGAAAACCAUCUUGCUGAAAUGCAGUCUCAGAAGCUACCUCGGAAUUUUGUGCAGUGGGUUAAUGACAGUGAUACCUUUUGGUAUUAA